AUGGCACAGCUCUACCCGGAAACACCAACUCGCGCCCUGGCCUCUGUAUCUGCACCGUACCUCAAUAACCCAUGGGCACCUGAGCCGCAAGGUCCUCUCAGUCCUCUGCAAACACCCACUCAUUUUCCACCGGCUGAAAGCACUUACCUGAGGACUGGAACGUACCAACCCACAGGUUUCCAUACCCCAGUUCCUCUCUCUCCGGCUCUUCCAACUGUUCUUGAACAAAUGGAGACGGAAAGCACGGAUCAUUCGGGAAGUGAACCUGCCGAAAUUUGUUUCCUUUGGAACCAAACUCAGCUCAUGGAAGCCAUCCACCUCAUGGCCAGGAACAUGUCGAAUAUGCCCAUGAUGCAGCCGCAUCAAGAGCCGACUCCUCGGCCCAAGUUGAAGGCUCCGGAUGUGUUCGACGGUACAAGCGCCCAAAAGUUGGAUCCCUUCCUCAUCCAGUGCAUGAUGUAUAUUUCGCUCCGGCCCCAUGAGUUCACCACCGAAGACUCCAAGGUCAGCUUCAUUAUGUCGUACUUAUCUGGCUCCCCCUACAACUGGUUCCAAUCACAAAUCACUGCCGCCCUCGAAACCGGUAUGACCCAGCCGCUUCCGUGGCUUUCAGAUGUUGCGCUCUUCAUUCAGGAGCUCAAGCAACUUUUCGGCCCACGAGAUCUGGUUGCAGAUGCCGUUAACCACCUCGAGAAUCUCACCUUCCGAGACUCCGGCAAAGCAACACAAUACACCUUGGAAUUCAACCAGUAUGCGGGUCACACAGGAUGGAACGAACGAGCCCUUUAUCAUCAGUACUACAAAGGACUUCCGAACUGGAUCAAGGACAAAUUUCCUCAUAUGGGCAAGCCAACCACCCUCAUUAAACUCGAUCAUCGCUAUUGGGAGCGCCAAAACGAGAUCAAUCGCGAAAAGCGCAAAGACAACGCCAACAGCAAGUCCGGCACCAGCAACAACAACAGCAGCAACAACUCCGGCUCAUCAAACUCCAAAGGCAACUCAGCCGGGUCGUCUUCCGGCUCCGGCUCUUCGAACUCCAAGUCCGGCUCCAACUCCAGCAACAACAGCAAGGAUAAGGAUAAGUCAAAAUCCAAAGGCUCUUCUUCGGAUAAGCCGAAUCCUCUGGCUGACAAGUUGGGUGCCGACGGAAAGCUCAAGCCUGAGGAACAUGAACGCCGGCUCAAGGGAGGCCUCUGCCUCUUCUGCGGCAAAGCUGGCCAUGUUGCUUCCAACUGUCGCAAGCGUAACUCCGCCAAAGGUCAUGCCUCGUCUACUAUGGCCGCUCCUCCUUACACCGCUUCCGCACCUGCCGCUCCAGCUGUGAAGGACACUAAGUCUGGAACAGCAAAAGACUUGGUAGAUUCUGGCUCCACUCAUUGUUUCAUUGACACUAAUUUCGUAUCUAUACAUAAUGUCUCCACUUACGAUAUACCUCCUUUAGCCUUACGCCUCCUUGAUGGGACUGUUAACACUUGGAUAACCCAAGCUGCCGACAUCCCUAUCCGAUAUCCGACCGGUGACAUUCUCUCCUCGACCUUCUUUGUCACUAAACUGGAUUCUUCAUGUGCCCUAGUGUUUGGAUACAAUUGGCUGUGUAAUUACAAUCCGUUGAUUGACUGGACCGCAGGCCUUUUACAUUCUUUCCAACGUCUUCCGCAAUCCGAGGCUCUUCCGAGUCUAUCGGGCCGUUCGGCUUCUGCCUUACCGCCCACUCCAGUCAUUGCCGAGUCACUUCCAGUCCCUCCUAUUCCUCCUAUCCCACCUACUCCUUCCCUUCCUUAUGAACCUUCUCCCAAACCAUCCACUCCCUUGCCUCACGUUUCCCUCAUCAACGCAGUCGCCUUCGCACGCGCCUGCCGUCUUCCGGGGUCAGUCUCGUUCCAACUGGCCCUAUCCGGCGACGGUUCGGUCUUGGCUCGCUCUUCGGCUACCAACAACCCGGAACCCGUUGACCUCUCUUCCGUCCUGGAAGACUACCACGAAUUCCCGGACGUGUUCAGCAAAUCCAAGGCCGACACCCUCGCACCUCAUCGUCCCUAUGACCUCAAGAUCGACCUCGAGGAAGGUGCCGAGCCGCCCCUCGGCCGGAUGUAUUCUCUCUCCCCUACCGAACUUCAAGCCUUGCGAGAGUUCCUGGAAGAGAAUACUCGAUCCAAGUUCAUCCGACCAUCCAACUCGUCUCACGGAGCCCCUAUCCUCUUCGUUUGGAAGAAGGACAGCUCUCUUCGGCUCUGUGUUGACUACCGCGGCCUUAACAAAGUCACCAAGAAGGACCACUAUCCCCUCCUGCUCAUCUCCGACCUGUUGGACGCUCCUGGCAAAGCCAAGGUUUUCACCAAGAUCGACCUUCGGCAUGCCUACCACCUGGUCAGAAUUGCGGAUCGCGACAAAUGGAAAACCACAUUCCAGACCCGCUACGGCUCAUUCGAAUGGAGGGUUAUGCCGCUCAGCUUAUCCAAUGCUCCGGCUGCUUUCCAGCGAUUCAUGAACAACAUCUUCUCGGAUCUCAUCGAUAUUUCGGUUAUCGUCUACCUGGAUGACAUUCUCAUUUACUCUUCAGAUCUCGCCUCGCACAAGGAACAUGUCAAGGAAGCACCCGAUCGUGUUGAGUACCUCGGCUAUAUUCUUUCGGCUGACGGUCUCUCCAUGGCGGCAGACAAGGUCAAGAUCAUCCAGGACUGGCCCGAGCCACGGAAAGUCAAGGACAUUCAGUCCUUCCUCGGCUUCGCCAAUUUUUAUAGACGGUUCAUUUACAAUUAUUCUGACAUCUGCGUUCCUCUCACCCGGCUCACUCGGAAAGGUGUUCCCUUCAAGUUUUCUGAUGAAGCCCGGGAAUCGUUCAACUACCUCAAGAAAGCCUUCACUACAGCUCCUGUCCUCACCCAAUGGAUUCCGGAUCGGCCCAUCAUCCUUGAAACCGACGCUUCCGACUAUGCCCUUGCUGCUAUCCUCUCUAUCGAGCUGACCAAUGGAGAAAUCCACCUGGUUGCUUUCCACUCCUGUAUCACUACCUGGAAGGCUCGCACUCCCAUUGACAUUGUUACCAACCACAAGAACCUUGAGUAUUUCACUACCACGAAACUCUUGAACUGUCGGCAGGCACGUUGGUCCGAGUACCUAAGUCAGUUCAACCUCAUCGUUCGCUUCCAACCCGGCAAGCUUGGCGCCAAACCGGAUGCCCUUACUAGACGAUGGGACGUCUACCUUAAAGAGGGAGGUAGCGACUACGCCACUGUCAACCCCCACAACUUCCGUCCAGUAUUUACCCAGGAACAGCUGGCUACGUCCCUCCGAGCGUCAACUCUGAUCACACCCUCUCUGCGUGGAGCUAUCACCCUCGACAUCGAAAAGCUUCAUGCCGACAUCCGAGAAGCCCUUCCGAACGAUCCGAUCUCUGCCGCUCAACUUCCGGCACCCUCUGACCCCAAGUUCACUCUCUCCCCUGACAGCCUACUACUUCUCAACGAUCAUAUCUUUGUUCUGGACGUUAACAACUUGCGGAUCCGUGUGUUGCAAAUCAAGCACGAUCAUCUGUUAGCCGACUACGUCAAUUCUUGUGUUAUUUGCAACCGAGUCAAGCCGCGCCACCACCAGCCUUAUGGGCUCCUUAAGCAGCUUCCGGUUCCUGAGCGUCCUUGGAAUUCUAUAUCCAUGGACCUCAUUGAGAAGCUUCCGCCUUCCGCUGGUUUCACUGACAUCCUAGUCAUCGUCGAUAGGCUCACAAAGCAAGCUGUGUUCAUGCCGACACAUUCCAACCUCACAGCCGUCAAGUUGGCUGAGUUGUUCGUCCUCAAUGUAUUCUCCAAGCAUGGUGUCCCCUCUCACGUCACUUCCGAUCGCGGUUCCGAAUUUGUCUCGCACUUCUUCCGAGGCCUGGGUAAGGCUCUCGACAUAGAACUGCAUUUCACUUCCGGCUACCAUCCGGAAGGUGAUGGCCAGACGGAACGCACCAACCAAACCUUGGAACAGUACCUUCGAACCUACUGCAACUACCAACAAGACAAUUGGGUCACUCUCCUUCCGCUUGCCGAAUUCGCCUACAACAACGCUCCACACGAUGCCACUGGCGUAUCGCCCUUCUUCACCAACAAGGGUUAUCAUCCAAACUUAGCCGUGCAUCUGGAACGCGACAUUGCCUCUAGCCGUGCUCAAGAGUUCGCUGUUGACCUAGGAGAACUCCACGAGUUCCUUAAGGAAAACAUUCGCAAGUCUCAAAAGCGCUACCAAAAGGCAGCCGACAACCGACGUCUUCCGGCUCCGAACUUCAAGGUUGGCGAUCAAGUUUUUGUCAAAGCUCAAUUCUUCUGA